UGUUAUUAAAUUAGGUAACCAAACCAAUAAAAUCGAGAUUAAUUAUUAUAAAACAUAUAAAAUUAAAUUUUAAACAAUAAUAAAGGUUAAGAAUAGUAUAUGGAAAAUCUUACAUUUGUAUAAAUUAAAAUAUUUAUUUGUAUUUUUAAAAAAAUAAAAAGGAUAUAGCUUAAUAAGAACAUUAAAAAAAACUAAAAGAAAAAUUUACAGAAUUAAAAGAUGAUAUAAAUUAAAUGGGAAAAGAUCCUGAAGUUUUUAGAGGUCAUCAACUUCCUUUGGCAAGAGUAAAAAAAAUUAUGAAAUCUGAUGAAGAUGUAAGAAUGAUAAGUGCAGAAGCGCCAGUUUUAUUUGCAAAAGCUUGCGAAAUAUUUAUUAUCGAGUUAACACAUAGAGCUUGGCUUUUUACAGAAGAAGGAAAAAGAAGGACAUUAUAAGUAUAAUAUAUAUAUAUAUAUAAUAAUUAUUUAUAUUAAAAAAAGAAAAAUGACAUUGCUGCUUGUAUCUAUAAUACUGAAAUUUUUGAUUUUUUAAUUGAUAUUGUUCCGAAAGAAGAUGCGAAAGCUAAUCCUUAUAUCUAAAAUAACUAAUAAGAAAUAUUUUAAUCGAUGAAUCCUAUUGGACCUAAAAAUUUUAUUAAAGACUUAAAUAAUAUUAACUUAAAUUAAUUUUAGUAAAAUUAAUUUUUAUCUCAAUCUUUCAUGAAUAAUAUUUAAUAAGGAAACAAGUAAUGA